AUGAUUAUUGAAAAUGAAUUAACAUUUUCACACAUCAAUAAUCAUGAAACCAUAGCAAGUUGGUCUAUCAAAAUAGUUAUUAGUUUAUCAACACUUAUUCUUAUUGGAUUUGUCAUCGAAUAUCAUCGUCUAGAUAUUUGUCUUUAUGCUAUUAAUAAUUCAAUUGAAGAUUUUCGUGUUGCAAUAACAUACGAGAGAAUAUUCUUCGUUCUAGUUGAAAUAAUAAUUUGUGCAGUACAUCCAAUGCCUCGUGCGUUUCCUGGUCAUUCAAAUACAUUAUCGGUAGAUACAAGUUCAGAUGAUUCCACAAUUACUUCUCAUCCUUUGUCUUAUGCAUCUGUUGAUGUAGCACUUGGUUUACCAAUGUUUCUUCGUCUUUAUUUGCUUUGGCGUUUUAUUAUGUUUCAUUCUCAUCUAUUUCGUGAUACAUCAUCACGAUCUGUAGGUUAUCUUAAUAGAGUAUCCAUUGAUUACUUCUUUCUCAUCAAAACUUAUCUUGAACAAUGGCCAAUAGUUUGUUUAACGGUAUUUUGUAUAAUUGUCUUUCUUGUUGGAAGUUGGUCUUUACGUGCAUGUUCUUACUCAUCAACUAAUGAACAUUUAACAAUGCAAAAUACAAUGUGGUUAUUUGUUAUAACAUUUACUACUGUUGGCUAUGGAGAUUUUACACCUUCUACAUACUGUGGACGAAGUAAGUAA